GCGAAAAUGUUGUGCAGGCCAUGUUUUACUCUACCGGUAUGUGCUCGAGUAUCUUACUUUGACUCCGCAUCCUACCGUCGUGGCAAUAAUAACACUUGCAGUGGCUGACUGACUGAACAAGAAUUUAUGAAGGCUCCGUUGAGGGUACCGCACUCGUACCGUAUUCUACCGGUACCGGGCGGACCCAAUCGCUUGAAGACCGCCGCAGUCCUGCUACGUCAGGACUUACUUGUACUGGUAUACAAGUAUCAUACCCGGCUGGACAGAUUUCCUACUUGUACCGUAUCGUACCUAUGCAAAAAAUGUCUUCCGGGUGGUGAGACCCCAGUUUUGCGUGAUGGUUCAAAAAUUACGGUCAGCUAUUUAGCGACGGCCAACGGUAGCACCCGGUUCGCCCACCCCGAAGUGUGAUACGAGAACACGGUUAUGACCGGUACCCGUAUCAUCCAUCCAUCCCCGUUAAGCCCACGAUAGGCUUAGCACACUCGGUUCACCAAAUUGCGAAUAACAGUUAAUGGGAUCCAACCAACCCGAGCGGCGCCGAUCUUAUACCUCGUCGGGAAAACCCCACGAGGGCGAGUUUUAUUUCACUUUAUUUUAUUCGGAAACCGGGGAAGCCGGAGAUUGCAG